UGGUUAGCUGUUGCUGAUAAAGUUGCCCAAUUGCUUUUAGGAGUACAUAUGCAAUAGUGUUAUUUGCGAUCGCAUAUGUAUAUAUCGACUUCUAGAAAAGACCUUUCAGUUUAAGCUGCACAGCAAACGACGCGUUUUUUUUCUAAAAUAAAGACUGAAGACAAACAGAAAGGGAUGUGGAAUUUCGAAGGAGAUUUUCGAACGAGACCAACUCAGUCUCUUAGAGGAGCGAGCAGAAAGGAACCCAAGGAAGUACUUCUGAAAAGAGCCCAAGAGGAGAGGCGAAAGCGAGAGAAUCAGAGGAUCAGAGAUGCCAGCGCAAAGAAAAUCCAGUCUGUCUAUCGUGGCUAUCGUGCGAGGUGCAAACAGUAUGCUUGUCUUCGAAAUGAGUUUGACAUACUGCUCUUGGAGGCAACAAAGAAAAGUCAGCUUGAUUUAGCCAUGUUGUCAAAUCUGAUCAGGAGACUCGUGCUGUUUUUUCGACCCCAAGUGGAUGGACAGAGACUGAUAUCAGCAUGCCAACAUAUUCUGAAACAGAAGGAAGAAUAUUUAAUGUGGAUUUUUAAAGAUGCACCAAGAGCUACAUUGCAGAUUAAGCACCUGCUAGAAAUGAACCUUAGGUAUCUGGGUAGCAUUGCUCAAACAUCUCUUCCUAUUGCAGUGCCUAUGAGGAUGUUAGAAGUCUUUAUCUCGCCAUCCCUGUAUGCAAAUAUUUCAUUACCUCACAACCACACAAGUGAUGAAGUUGUUUGUCAGCUUCUGAAGCAGCUCAUCAAAAAUGAUUAUUUUGAAAGAAUGAAGGAACUAUUGAAUCAGAAGGUGCCAUCUGGGCUAGAGAAGUCUCCAGUACCUCCAACUCCUGUUGCAGGCAGUAUUUUGGACCUCAUCAUGAGCCCUAUAAGUUUUGCCACUGCUACUGCAGACAAAGCUUUCAGUCGUCAGGUGCUGCUGGCUGUAUGCCGCACAUUUUUGUGCCCCUCUUUCUCUGAGCAAGUGGCCCAGUUUUUAUUGCCAGCCAUGGCCUAUGGAAAAUACCCUUUUCCCUUUGUUGAGCUUAUACAAGCCCUGAUUACCCAUGCAUCGCAGUCUCACUCUUCUGCAGACAUGUCUUUUUCAACUGCUUCAAGGUCUGCAUCAUCAUCUUACAUUUCGUCAAAUGCUAAUGCUGUCAUGCCAUCCCCAUGGCUGCUCCUCUCCAUUUUGACCCUGGGACAAAACAAACUAGAGCAUCUGAAUUCUGUUGGCUGUACUGCCUACUUGGAGGUACUGAGGAUGUUAAUGCCAUAUCUUACCAUACCAAAAGAACCAGACUUAGAUGAUUCUGAUGACGAAGAUGAACACAUGGUGGUUGAAAAGGGUGAAACUUUCCAGAGCCUGGGGGAUUUGAGAGAUGAUUGUCUGCACUUUCUAGAUUCACCUGACCACCUUAAUUGCAUGCUGAUAGCACUGAAUGCUGGAGACAGAGAGACUAUUGAAUGUGUUGCUGGCAUCUGUCAUGUUCUUUUGUCACAACAGUAUAUAGGUAUUCAUAGGCUUAGGCUACUGUACAGCUUAGCUUUAAACACCAUGUUCAUCAAAAAUCUUUGGAAAACAUGCACGUCUGUGUCCAUGCAGACAGUAACAGGGUCAAGCACUCCUUUGCUGAACAUGCUGUCCAGUGGAUUGCCUAUGGCAGAAAGAGACAUUCAGCGCAUUGUGCCGCUCCUGUCCACUUUCUGCUCCAUGUUUUCUUACUCUUUACUUACCCUGCACGAUGCUGACUUCUAUGGAGAUAAUGAUGAGCCUAGUUCCAGCAUGCCAUUCACCCUUAGAGAAAUGGUGCCAAUGAGCCUGGCACUUCGCAAUGCAUGUCUUGGUAUCAUCGAGCUAGCACAUCCUGAUGCCAAGUUUGCAGUCAAUGAAGAUUAUCGUCAAGCACUUCACUUGACUGGCAUUCAAAGUCGACAUAUAACGGAUGAGGAUGAUGAAAAUGAAACUCGCUUCUGGGCGUAUUUAUUUAAGGCAAUCUCCACAUUGGUCCGUCAGAUCCACAGCCGUGAUAGUCGCAGACCUUUUUGCCGACAGGACCACUGGCUGGCCUCACAGGUGUCUAUACAGGCUGACAAGCCAUCUCAGAUUUACAAAGCCCGAAAUUCAAUAUUCAUCAGACGUCCCUUUGCUUCACUGAGACCCUUGACAAAAAUGAACAUUGAUGAUGAGCGUCCUCCUCUGGCUAAUCGUGAAGUCCGCAAUUUGAUUAUACUGACGGAGCUGCCUUUUGUUGUGUCUUUUGAGGAGAGAGUCAAGAUAUUGCAGCGACUGAUCCAGGGAGAGAAGGAAGAGCACCAAGGUGAGAUGCACAACUUCAUGAUGGGUCCCACUAUCAGUGUCAUGAUAAGACGCAACUACAUCUACGAGGAUGCCUUUGAAAAAUUAUCCAGAGAAAAUGAGCCAAAUCUCAAACUUAAGAUGCGGGUACAGUUGGUGAACAUUGCUGGAAUGGAUGAGGCUGGAAUUGAUGGCGGCGGCAUCUUCAGGGAAUUUUUGUUGGAGCUUCUGAAGACAGGAUUUGAUCCCAAUCGAGGCUUCUUCAUGUAUACGGCUGAUCGCUUGCUCUAUCCCAAUCCUCAGGCCAGUGUUCUGAUGCCCAACUUCACAGAGCACUUCUUCUUUUUAGGUCGAAUGUUGGGCAAGGCCUUGCUGGAGAACAUGCUGGUUGAGUUGCCUUUUGCCAGUUUUUUCUUAGCAAAGAUUCUCUCUCACAGCUCUGCAAAUCUUGACAUUCACCAUCUACAGUCUCUGGACCCCAUUAUGUACAAGAAUUUAUUGUACCUUAAGAAUUAUGAAGGAGAUGUGGCAGAUCUUGGUUUGGACUUUACUGUAGUGAGCAAUGACUUUGGGGAAACUAAGGUAGAAGAACUAAAAGCAGGAGGACGGCAAAUUGCUGUUACCAGAGAAAAUCGCAUUGAAUAUGUGCACCUCAUGGCAGACUAUCGUCUGAACAAACAGAUCCGACAGCACUGUGCACACUUUCGACAAGGCAUGGCAGAUGUGAUAAAGUUAGACUGGCUACAGAUGUUCAGUAGUCAGGAGCUGCAGGUUCUGAUCUCAGGUGCCUCUAUACCAAUCGACAUCUUUGAUCUCCGUCAACACACCAACUACUCAGGUGGCUACAGAGAUGAUCAUCCAGAAAUAGUAAUGUUCUGGGAAGUUGUGUCACAAUUCACAGAUAAACAAAAACGACAGCUGCUUAAAUUUGUCACCAGCUGUUCACGCCCUCCUCUGCUUGGCUUUAAGGAUUUGUACCCUGCAUUCUGCAUCCAUAAUGCAGGGAAUGAGCAGGACCGCUUGCCCACAUCCAGCACUUGUAUGAACCUACUGAAGCUGCCCGAGUUUAAUGACCAAAACAUUCUGCGCACUAAGCUGCUGUAUGCUAUAGAAGCAGAUGCUGGCUUUGAACUUAGCUGAACACUUCUUGGUCAUCAAAGAUCCACAUCUGAUGCACUAAUCCCUGAAGAGCAAAUAUAGACACUUAAAAAAAAAAAACUGCUCUUUUUAUAGUACUGUAACUGCUGUCAGAAGUAUAUGUGCAUCACUAUGCCCAUCUGACCAUAUUAUGUGGUAGCUGCGCACUAGAUUCAAUUGUUAUAAAUCUUUAAAAACUGGUGAUAAAUUGUUACAAUCUUUGGUUGUCUUCUGUACAUGUAUUUCACCAUUCUGUUGAGAAACCACACUGGCUAUGAUAUAUGGAGUUCCUAUCAAACGUGGAAAGUCUAAGUAGAUAUAAAUGUACGUACACAAAUACAAAAGAUAAACAUUGACCUCUUAAUAUAGAUGUCUUAGACUAAGAAGGAGAGUAUUGGAUUGGAAAAGUGAACUAAGCAUAAAACUCUUAUCCAAGUAACUAUCCAGAUACAAAUCCUGAAUCAGCAUCAUAGGUAAGUUGAAAAUAGCUAGAGCUGUUGGCAUAGUAAAUUUUGUGAUCUGCUGGACUUAUGGGAAAACUACAUUUUUGUGGACCUUGGUAGCAUCUCCUCACUGCUCCCAUGCUGUUUAAAGAGGUCAGCAUACUUAUGUUAUGCUGUUUGUUAUUUGUAGAGAUCCGCAUAUUUAUAAUCUAUAUUUAUGAUGCUCUUAUUCAGGCUAUUUAUGGGCUCAACACUGAAGUGUACAAAGGAGCACUUCCUUCUCUAGCGUUAAGUGUUUUUUUUAACUGAAUCACUUUUGACAUUGACAUUAAAUAUUUGAAUAUGCAUGAAUUGUGUUUUGCAUAGGGUGUACAUGGUGGUAUAUUAUAAACUUUACAACAAGCAUAGUAGUGUGUAACUUGUAUAGAAUGUGCGAAGUGGUGAACAAAAUGUUUUGUUUGGAAACUUUAUUUCUGAUUUGAGCAAUAAAUCUAAUCGGCAAG